GGGUGGCUUCUCCGGGCGCGCAGCGGCGCAGGCACCGCGUCUCCAAGCGGCCUCUGCGCGCAGCGGCGCCUGGCGCUUUGACGCGCUAGCCGGGGAGGGCAGUAAACUUUGGGGGUCGGGGGCAGAGGCGUCGGAGCAGCGAUGGAGGCGGUAAACCAGCUCACCUCCACGGGCACUUUCCGGGCGGUGAAGGAGCCGCUGGCUUUCCUGCGGGUGCUGGAAUGGCUUUUUGCAAUCUUUGCAUUUGCAACAUGCGGUGGUUAUUCUGGAGGCCUGCGGCUCAGCGUGGACUGUGCAAACAAGUCAGAGAGCGACCUCAGCAUUGACAUAGCCUUUGCCUAUCCUUUCAGGUUGCAUCAGGUGAAUUUUGAUGCUCCCACCUGCGAAGGCAAACGACGAGAAACGCUCUCGCUAAUAGGGGACUUCUCUUCUUCUGCGGAAUUCUUCGUCACUAUCGCGGUCUUUGCCUUCCUCUAUUCCUUGGCAGCCACCGUUGUUUACAUUUUCUUCCAGAACAAAUAUCGUGAAAACAACAGGGGGCCUUUAAUUGACUUCAUCGUGACAGUGGUCUUCUCCUUCUUGUGGCUGGUGGGUUCGUCUGCUUGGGCAAAGGGACUGUCUGAUGUAAAGAUUGCUACUGAUCCAGACGAAGUGCUAUUACUGAUGUCGGCUUGCAAACAGCAGUCUAACAAAUGCAUGCCUGUGCGCAGCCCCGUUAUGUCAAGCUUAAACACUUCAGUUGUCUUUGGAUUCUUGAACUUUAUUCUCUGGGCAGGAAAUAUUUGGUUUGUUUUUAAGGAGACUGGGUGGCAUUCCUCAGGCCAGAGGCACCCUCCAGACACCAUGGAGAAACAAUCAAGCAGCUAUAACCAAGGUGGUUAUAAUCAAGACAACUAUGGCCCAACUGGAGGAUAUAACCAACCUGCAGGCUUUGACCAACAAGCUAACUAUGGCCAGGUGGGUGAAUAUGGCCAGCAACAGAGCUAUAGUCAGAGUGGGCCCACCUCAUUUGCCAAUCAAAUUUAG